AGGCUUCCUAAUGGUCUCCUCAUGGCCUGUAGAAGCAGGAGGGAUUGAGGUUGGCUUUCUGUCUCGCUCCAGGCGUUGGACCAGGGGCAGUCAGGACUUGUUGCCACCCGAAGCUGAAGGGGAACGCCCAUCUCUGACACCAUGGCUGGGGAAUGGCUUAUCAGGUGAAGACCACAGAGCUCUUGACACUGCACCUAAUGGGUUUCAUCAGUCAUGCCUGGCACAUCCCCCACAAGGAAGGCACCGAGCACUGCACCUCUCCCGUCCUUCUGUAGUGAACCCACAGCCUCCCUCUGAUCACCAUGGAGCACCCAGCUCCCAACCAGAAGAACAUCUCCACCCCUGCCAGCGCGAAGGCAGCAGAAGUCCUUAACUCCGAGCUAAAUCUUUCUCUGAGGAACAGGGAUAAAGAGGCUGUGCUGGAGCUGCUGGAGCAAGGGGCAGAUGUGAAUUCCAAGGCAGACAGUGGCUGGACACCCCUGCAGACCGCGGUGCAAAUCGGUGAGGAGGAUCUAGUCCGGCUUCUGCUGGACAGGGGAGCUUCUCUGCAGGCCAGGAAGGACAAUGGUGGCACUGCAUUUACUGUGGCAGGGGUAGCAGGGAACGUGGAGAUCCUGAAGCUCCUCCUGGAGCGCGGCUCAGACAUUAAUGACCAGGACAUCAAUGGCUUCACAGCUUUCAUGGAGGCUGCAUGGCACGGGAGGGAGGAGGCCUUGAGGUUCCUGUACAGCAGAGGAGCAGAGGUGAAUUUGAGGAGGGUGACCAGCGAGGAGAAAGCCAAGCUGCACAAAGGAGGUGCCACGGCGCUGAUGGACGCUUGCAAGGAGCGCCACUUCUCCAUUGUGAAAAUCCUGGUCCAGGAGAUGAGGGCUGAUGUGAACAUCCGUGACAACAGAGGCAGGAACGCCUUGAUCCACGCCCUAAAGAAGGAUUUGGGCAGAAAAAGGUACGAGUCAGUUGUGCCCAUAGUUCAUUUCCUGCUGGAGCACGGUGUGGAUGUGAAGAGCAAAGAUGAGUGUGGGAAAACAGCCCUCAUCCUGGCUGUUGAAAUGGAGAGCCCGGAGCUGGUGACAGCUUUGCUGGAGAAGGGAGAGAUAGACAUUGAUGACAUGGAUGAGAAGGGCAACACAGCCCUGAUGGUGGCUGUGGAGAAAGGUGAUCACAAAACAGCAAAGCUGCUGUGUGAAAAGGGAGCGAGGACUGAUCUUGGGAACCCGAUUGCAAUUGCAAUGGAAAAUCGUUCUCGAAGCAUGGAAAACCUUCUUCGUGAGUACAGGGCCAGGUUUGUUCCAGAAACCCCCAGGGCAUGGGAGCCAAACAGCAAACGCUGGAGGGCCCAGCUGAUAAAACUUCAUCAAAUGCAUCGCCCCAUGAUUGGCAAACUGAAGAUGUUUCCAUACAACCAGCAGAAAAUUCAGGAUGACAUCUACCUCGGGCUCCAUGGAGGGACAGAGGUAGCAGUGAGAAUAACCCGCAGCUCAGAGGGUGACGAAGAGAAAGAGUUCUUUGAAAAAUGCUCUCACUGCGAACAUCUACUGAAGCUCUUCCAGUCUGAGAAGGAAAAAGAUUGCAUGUACUUGUGCUUCCCACUCUGGGAGAAAAACCUCCAGGAACACCUGCAGGAGCCUGAAGGCCAAAAGGAUUACAAAGCUGCUCUGAAGAUGAUCUUCCAAGCACUGAGAGAGCUUCACUCCCUCAGAUUUGCUCAUCAGGAUCUACAGCCCGGGAACUUCGUAAUAGAUUUAGCCGGCAAAAUUUACUUAGCGGACUUUGGUAAUAAAAGAAGGUCGAUUGAAGGCCAAGAAGAGCUUGUAAAGUCAGAUUUAAAGGCCUUGGGCAGGCUCGUGCUCUACGUUUUAACAGCGGGCAGGAAACCUCUCCAGCAAGUUGGAAUGGAGGACUUGGAUCCCAAUUCCCCAGAUUAUGUGGAGGCUCUGGACCUCGUGCAAAGCUUGUCUUCUGGUGAUGAACGAGGCUUGGAAGGGUUGAGCAAACAUCCCUAUUUCUGGAGCAAUCAGAACAGGUUCAGCUUCCUGAAGACUAUAUGGAAUAAAAUCAAAGAUUACAAAAAGCAAAAAAGGAUUUUUAAAGCUGUCACUAAGAAAACUUUUCCUUAUCCAGAGUGGACCAAAAUGAUCGACCAAGAUGUUUUACAUAUCAUGGAAAAUCCUAAGAAUGCAAAACCUACCCAAUACAAAAAUGAUGUCACCCAGCUCCUGAGGCUCAUGAGAAACAUGGAUGAGCACAAAGAUGAAGGGAUCAGUAACAAAAUAGGAGACUAUGCUGAGUAUUUCCUGGCGGUUUUUCCAAAGCUCACCAUCUAUGUGUACCACAGUUUACGUCAGACCCCCAUGCGCAGACACUUUGCAGACUUCCAGGACCCUUCUCUGUAGGAUGUCACCACCUCCUGUCCCGUGUCUGACCCCACCAUCAUUCCUUUUAUUUCUUAUUUAUUCACCUGCAAAAGAGCUGAAGAUGUGGGUGAGGAGAUGGGAUAAAGCACACGCAGGGACAGAGUAUGGAGGAUUUAAAUUAGGAAAGAUUCCAAGGAGUUUGGUGUAACAACCACGAGCUUUGGAGGCUCUGAUUUGCACUGUGAUUAGACAUUGUCAUGGAAAAGUUGAAAUGUUUCAGCUGUUGAAAAGGUUGGUUUUUUGUGGGUUUGGUUUUUGGUGGUUUUUUUUUCAAACUGGGAAUUUUAUUCUUUCAAUGACUCCAUGGAGAUACAAACUUGAAAUAAACUUGACUAGAAAAUUGACUCUA